ACACUGGGUGGCCGUCUGACAGUCGUUUGUUCGCCCUGCGUCUGGCUGUGUGCGAGCAGGCGCCCGUCAUCGAUGGCUGGAACAAAAUCAUUUCGAGUUUUUCGUUGUUCCUAACAUUAGAUAACUCGGUCUAGCCGUAUCGAUGGGCAUACGUCGACUAAUGUGCGUGCGAUUGGCGUAUUCCGAUUGCUCCAAGGCGUCCUGAUUGCCGCAGAGAACGUUGUGGAAUUUCAAUCAAUAGAGGAAUUUACUUGUAUGGAUAUACAGGAUGUGCGUUAAUUUCUAGUAGUCCGAGUGAUUUUCGUUCGCCACAAUGGAAGGCUCCGUGGUGUGUCCGGUAUGCACGCUCUACUUGCGGCCGGGAAUGACCCUGAAGAGUCAUUUGGAGUCUCAUCCAAAGCAGAAGGUCAUUGAAGCACUGGUGAAGCUGCACUCAGAGCCACAAACACCAGCAGGCACAAGUUAUAAUGUACCACCCGCUGCUGAUGGCACUGGUGCACCAUGGCUGGGGCAAGCCACGACCACCACGGCUGCCUACCACCUGCCCGCACAUUCAGUACCCUCUGUACAGCCGCCUAUGCCCGGCGCGCCCACCAACCACUCCUUCAUCUACCAGCAGAUAAUCGGCUCCGCUCCUCAGCCGCAGGGCGGAUAUCUCAUUCCGGUUUUCAACCAGCAGAUUCCAGUUCCUGGCUACAUGUACCACCAGCAACAAAUGUUCGUCAGCGGCGGAGCACCAAAUGCAUUUCCACUGCGCAUGCUACCAAGCACUGAGCUGGCUCCGACCAGCGAGUACAAAGGUGCUCACAUCGUGGAAAUCAAUGACAGUGAGGUCCGCGACAAUCCGGAUCUGGUUAUAUUAAAAGACACCGAAUAUAUCCUCCCUAGCGACGAUAAAGUUGACACAAUGCCAGCUCUAAAGUCGCAGAUGGAGAUUGGGAACACGCAGGUACACGACGGGGGCAACGUGGACGCAGCCGCAGAACACGAAGAAUACGACAGCGGACCGCCUCAGCUUCGUCCGGAGGCAUCCGAUGUCGAAGAUGAGCUGCAGGAGAAAUUCAAAGACUUGGACACGAGUCCCAAUUACAUUACGCUUAACACGGCCGAGCAGACAGCGGACACUGCCGCCGAUGAAGAACAGCAUCGCUUUGAGCUGGACGGCAUUAAUAUUGUACUCGUCAAUGAUUUCAACAACUUGGGCCAUGCCCACUUGCGCGUGGCGGCCGAGGAGGAGUGCGAGGAGGGCAUCUCGAUUGACAGCGCGCAUAUCCGCGCCGACGAGAAUAUGCCGCAGGAGAGCAACAGUAAUGCGUCGUGGUCGCGUGCACCCUUCCACGAGGGCAGCUCGCGAAUGUCCACGUACGACCUGCUGGCGCGCGAGAGCUGGGAAGGCUCAGACGUAUCUGACGUGGACGCCGACGCGCCUCCACCCUACCAGAGUCAUUAUCCACUUUACAAGACGGGGGCGCAUGAGGAGGACCCGGAUAUAAUGAUAUCCAGCACGUCCAGGCAGGGCAUCGAGUACAAGUGUUCGACGUGCCCGUUGAGCUUCGUGUGCCCGAAGGAGCGCAGGGUGCACCAGGCGGAGGUGCACGGCUCCACGGCCGAGAGAAAGGAAGACACGCCGGCGACCACGACAACUGCCACGACGAACAUGGGCACGCACAUGAUCGGCUCCGCCCUGUAUAGCAAGAAAGUGAAGAAGUUGGUCAUCAAGCCGAAGAAGCAAACUAAAAUGGACCAACUGGAGCAGUUGAAGACAGAAAAAGUGGAGUCGCCAGCGUCUUUCGAUCAGAUCUUCACGAACAUCAUGAAAGUCGAGGAUGAGCGGCAGUUGUCUUUCGCCGCAACGCCUGCCACCGACCCAUUGCAAAUACUUGACCGCAAGGAGGCACUUUCUGCCCUCGGUGUGGAUGGUAGCGCUUCACCAUCGCUAGCCGCCCCCGCGCCAGUUGUCAUCUGCGUGCUUUGCUGCACAGUUGUACGUACUGGCCGAACCCUCCGGCAACAUCAAGUCGAGAUGCACGCAUUUGUAGCGGAAACGAAGUACAAAUGCGGCGUGUGCGGUGAAUGCUUCGCCGCUGAGCCCGCCUACACCGAGCACCUAUCCGUACAUCCACUCGAAUGCCUCUUCUGCGGUAAAUACUUCCACCGGGCGCAUAACAUGGCGAUGCACAUCAAGCGCCACCUCGGCAUUCGGCCCUUUCAGUGCCCCACCUGCGGCAAGCACUUCUUCACGCGCCAAAAACUACAAGAGCAUCAGUAUAUACACACAGGAGAGGCGCCGCUCAAGUGCGGCCUAUGCGACGAGACAUUCAAACGAUACUCCAAUCUCAUUCAACACCGGAAUCGACGCCAUUUGAACCUCAAGCGCAGACAGAAAGAUUUCAUCUGCGCAACAUGCGGAGACGUCUUCCAUUCGAAGAAAAAACUUGCCUGGCAUAAAGAAGUGCACGAGAACCGGCCCAAGGCAUGCCUCUUCUGUAGCGAAAAAUUCGUACAUCAAUCCAGCCUCACGCGACACGUGCGCCGUGCGCACAACGAACGUUUCGUUCCAGCAGAAGAACGCGACGCUGAGAACGUCGAAUGCCCCAUAUGCAAGGGUGUCUACUUGCGUGGCUCCCUCGAUACACAUAUUAAAAGCCACGAGGCGCGCAAAGGCUUCUCAUGCAGCGUGUGCGAUAAAGAAUUCAGCACCAAGUGGAAUCUCAAGCUGCACAAAUGGACGCACGCGGGACGCGCUCAGAAACCCUUCAAAUGCGAGCUGUGCAAGGGUGCGUUUGUUCGUGAAGCUGAUUACACAGCACAUAUGAAUUCUCAUCGCGCUAUCCGCCCGUACACGUGCAAUUACUGCGGCGCGCAGUUUAUACGCAAAUACAACUGUCAGCGUCACGUCAAGGAACACGAGCGCAUGAAGACGUUCAACUGCACCGUCUGCGGCAAGAAGUUCCACCGCUCCUACUAUCUCAACGACCACAUGCGCAUCCACAGUGGCGUGCGACCGUUUUCGUGCCACAUCUGCGGCAAGACCAGCACCACCAAGAGCAACCACAACAAGCACGUACGCAUACAUCAUGCGCGCGAGCCCGUCAGCACCGAGAACUAAAACAUAAUAUUGCUUUCCUACGCGUGUGACUGGAAAUAAGCUUAUAUCGUUUCAAUGGACUUGUGUAAUUGAUAGUAAAAUAUUUAAAUUUC